GAGAAUUUCUCUCCAAGAAAAAAAAAACACAUCACAGUGUUCUUCGCUCUUCCCCUUUCCUCUUGUCCGGGGAUCUGCUCUCUCCCUUCUUCCCCCAAUCCCUAAACCCUAACCUCAAGAUCCUCAGGAACCCUAAUUUUCCACUCAAAUCCCCCUGAAUCUGCUUCUGUAAAAUCUAUUUUUGAUUUACUACUCAUGGCUGAUCAGCAAAACCUAGAUUCCUCUACUCAGUCCGAUGAUCUACCUCCCUCCCAAUCUUCUUCUGCUUCCUCUUCCUCAGAUCCGACUCUUUCCAGGAGUCUCUCGUCUAGUCGGCUCAACGCCGGAGCUCCCGAGUUCGUGCCUGGUCGAGCUGCUACUCCACCUCCGCCGCCUCCACCGCAGCCGAGGAUGAUGAUCCCGGCUCCUCCUCCGCCGGGUAUGCUUCAUAUGUACCAUCAUCCGCCGCCGUUUCGUGUUCCGAUUCAGGGUCCGGUUCCAAUGCCUCCUCCGCCUCACAUGAUCCCUGGGCAGAAUCAACAUCCCCAUCACCUUCCGCAUCACAUCCCUCAUCAUCAGAGUCGUCAUGUUAGUCAACAUUUUGUCCCGGUGCGGAAUCACGGCCACCACGAUUAUCAGCAGCGCGGGGGAGGUGGGGAGCAGGAUUCCAAUGCAGUCGUGAAGAGAGGCGAUCAUGAUCGCCGGAAAGAUCAUAAGAAGGAUCCUAAGAAGGAUCAUGGUGAUAGUGGAGCUACUGUUUCUAUUGAUCCCAGGAGUGGCUUACCUGAGGACACCGUCCAGAAGAUAGUGAACCAGGUCGAAUACUAUUUCAGCGACUUGAAUUUAGCUACCACCGAUCAUCUAAUCAGAUUCAUCAACAAGGAUCCUGAAGGAAAUGUGCCAAUACAUGUUGUUGCAUCUUUCAAGAAGAUUAAGGCCGUCAUUAGCAGUAAUUCUCAGCUCGCUGCUGUACUGCAGAGCUCUUCAAAGCUUGUCGUUAGUGAAGAUGGAAAGAAAGUGAGACGUCAACAUCCUAUUACCGACUCCUCUAUAAAAGAACUCCAGUCCCGCAUUGUUGUUGCUGAAAAUCUACCCGAGGAUCAUUGCUAUCAAAAUCUGCUGAAGAUUUUCUCGGCAGUUGGAAGUGUGAAGAACAUCCGCACCUGCCAGCCUCAAAAUUCAGGCAGUGGUGCUCCAUCAGCUGCAAGAACAGCCAAAAGUGAUGGUGCACUUUUCACUAACAAGGUACAUGCUUUUGUUGAGUAUGAGACAGUUGAGCUGGCUGAGAAAGCAGUAGCCGAAUUAAAUGAAGAAGGCAACUGGAGGAGUGGUCUUAGGGUGCACUUGAUGCUAAAACAUCAUCAUCAUCAGACAAAGGACCAAAAACAUGUUCAAGGACGAGGAAGAAAAGGGCAUGACGCGGAAGCACAGCACGAGGAAGAAGAUGAAGCUGCUGCUACAUCAGAGCAGCAGCAUCCAAAUGACAAGAAAUGUGAAGAAUCUUUAGGAGAGUGGGAUAAUCCAGACAAUACAGUAGGAGAGGAGCAUGGGAACGAGAAGGUGGGAGGAGGAGGUGGGCAGAGAAAAGGGCGUAACCGAGGUAGGGGAAAGGGGCGUGGACGAGGUCAACCACACCACCACUUCAACCAUAACCCUAACCAAAACGUGACGGUGCCGUCAGAGCAGCCGAAGCAGCAGCAGCCACCGCCAGGGCCUCGGAUGCCGGAUGGGACCAGGGGAUUCUCGAUGGGACGGGGAAAGGCCGUUGCUCUCAACACCGAAUGAAUGGUGAUGAUGAUAAUGAUAAUGAUACGAGCAGGUCCUGAUAAAGGGGGAGGGGGAUUGUGUUUGAUGAGGUGGCAUGUGAAAGCCGGUGGAGAAGGAGAUUGUUUCAUGUCAAGGAGAGCUUUUAUUAUCAUAUAUAUAUCAAAAGGGACAAUCGUACUGAGUAGAAUUUUUUGGGUUAGCUUUCUU